GUACUUGCUAGAAUAGCUAGAACUAUGCAAUGGUCGUAUUAGCAGCAUUCUAUCAUUUUAUUUUUCUACAAAAGGCUAUGAGAGUGGUGAAUGAAGCGUAUAAUAGUAAAACUUGCACAGAGGGCAAAAUGUGUCUACCAUAGUGAGGGGUGACCCACCGCCCAGUGGGAAAAAAGAACAAUGAAUGCGCUUUCUCCAUUGCCAAUAACAGAACAAUAGCAGUGAGAUCGCUUAUGUGAUUAUUAUUGGUAUCGACAUUAGCUUCCUUUGUCCACAAGACUAUAUACGGAUCUAAGCUUCCUCGGAAGAUUUCAUGCCUGUCACUUCAGCGACAGGAAAGCAGCGUCGAAAAGUUCGUUUCGCUUCGACCAGUCAAAUAUCGGCGGGAAAGUCAAGCAUCACGUCCAACCAACCGGCAGAAAGCUGUCCGUCAUCGACAACUCUUUCACAGGAUCAUACACUGCCUAAGCAGCAGCGCAGAAUGAGCGAAACCCAAGUACAUCCGGCGGUCCCAGCGCUGUUCAAGGAGCUGCCGAUCAUCCAAGACGCUCUCAAAACUGAGACAACAAAGCUUCAAGAAGAAACCGUAAACAAAUGCUUACCAUUCCUGAAAGGUAUCCAUAGCAGUCAACAGGGAACGUUCAAUCAGUUUGGGGUACCGGCACUGAAUCGUGAUGAUCAUAUUGCCUAUCUGUAUGACUCCCUAGAGGACUAUCCGGGGAGCUUUGUGGCCCUUGAUGCCAGUCGUCCCUGGAUGGUUUACUGGGCCUUAGCUGGCUUAACCCUACUAGGUGAAGACAUCAGUCAGUUCCGUGAACGGGUAAUUACGUCGUUUAGACCUAUGCAGAACCUCACUGGUGGGUUUGGAGGAGGACAUGGCCAACUGUCACACUGCGCACCCUCUUAUGCUGCCGUUCUAUCGCUCGCCAUGGUUGGUGGCGAAGAGGCUUUCCAAUUGAUCGAUCGGGAGGCAAUGUGGAGAUGGCUCGGAAGACUGAAGCAGCCCGACGGUGGCUUUAGAGUAUCCGAGGGCGGGGAAGAAGAUGUGAGAGGCGCUUACUGCGCGAUGGUGCUUUUAUCGCUCCUUGACCUACCACUUACCUUGCCACCUGAUGCCGCAGCUCGGAAGCAUGGGUUCGAAAAGUUCACGAGUGGCCUGUCAGAUUAUCUAUCACGAUGCCAGACUUUCGAAGGUGGCAUCUCCGGUAGUCCCGGGUCGGAGGCGCAUGGCGCCUACGCUUUUUGCGCGUUGGCGUGCUUAUGCAUUCUAGGCAAGCCCGAAGCGACCAUUUCCAGAUCCGUGGAUGUUCCAAUGCUCCUAUCAUGGCUUUCCGCUCGACAGUACGCUCCAGAAGGAGGGUUCGCUGGACGGACCAACAAGUUGGUAGAUGGAUGUUACAGCUUCUGGGUUGGGGGUUGUUGGCCACUGAUUCAGUCCGCAAUAAAUGGCACCCAAUCAGCCUCGGCCCCUAAACAGACCUCAACGGACAACCUCUAUAGCCGCGAAGGCCUGACAAGAUACAUCCUUGCUUGCUGCCAGGGAAAGCACGGAGGGCUUCGUGACAAGCCCGGAAAACAUCCAGAUUCGUACCACACAUGCUAUACUCUCACUGGGUUGAGCACGACCCAAUAUCACCACUACCAUACCGAUGCUAGCGCAAGCUCCAAGGAGGACUUCUCCUCGGCAUUUUCCUGGAAAUCCCUUCCUGUCACCAGCUCGAACAAUGACGGAUCAGACUUGAUCGUAUUCGAUGAGAAAGAUCGGCUCACAGCGCUCCACCCUCUGUAUGUCAUUCCCCAUCAGGCUGCCGAGAAUAUGCGUACGUGGUAUGAAAAUGCACCGCUUGAGGUCUAGUUGAUUCUGGGCAAAUGAAAAGUGGACAAAACAACGAGAAUGGACUUCACCAAAGAUAAGAAAUGAUCUAUAAGGCAGACUGCUAUUAUUGUGUACAGUAAAAAUGCAGGACUAUGAUUGCUCCCAAUCCCAUGUCAACGCUCACCGGAGAACGCGUCAUACAGGAACCUCGAGGGUUGAUGAGCUAUGUUUGUAAACGAACAAGACGUAAGGGGUGAAAUGUGUAAGUACUAGGAAGAAGGAUGGAAAUCACGGGAUAUUGGUGGUACCGGCAGUUGGACACUGCAUGAAGUGGAAUGAUU